CCUCUCUCCGGUCUUUUUGGGCCCAGCUUUUGCAAUCUGCCUCCAUCCGGCAUCGGUGGAGCGUCCCCGGACUCAUCGCAAUCAUGACUGAGCAAAUGACCCUUCGGGGGACCCUUAAGGGUCACAAUGGCUGGGUUACCCAAAUUGCCACCACCCCACAGUUCCCGGACAUGAUCCUCAGCUCUUCCCGGGAUAAGACCGUCAUCAUGUGGAAACUCACCCGUGAUGAAACAAAUUACGGUGUCCCUCAGCGCGCCCUGCGUGGUCACUCUCACUUCGUCAGCGACGUGGUCAUCUCUUCGGAUGGACAGUUUGCCUUGUCCGGUUCCUGGGACGGUACACUCAGGCUGUGGGACCUUACAACUGGCAUCACCACCCGACGAUUUGUUGGUCACACCAAGGAUGUCCUGAGUGUUGCUUUCUCCGCUGACAACCGUCAGAUCGUGUCGGGAUCCCGCGACAAAACGAUCAAGCUGUGGAACACACUGGGAGUGUGUAAAUACACCGUCCAGGAGGAAUCUCACAGCGAGUGGGUCUCCUGCGUCAGGUUCUCCCCGAACAGCAGCAACCCCAUCAUCGUAUCCUGCGGCUGGGACAAGAUGGUGAAGGUCUGGAAUUUGGCCAACUGCAAGCUGAAGACCAACCACAUUGGGCACAGCGGCUUCCUGAACACUGUGACCGUGUCCCCCGAUGGAUCUCUGUGUGCCUCCGGUGGCAAGGACGGACAGGCCAUGCUGUGGGACCUGAAUGAGGGAAAACAUCUGUAUACCCUGGACAGUGGGGACAUCAUCAAUGCUCUCUGCUUCAGCCCCAACCGCUACUGGCUCUGUGCGGCCACCGGACCCAGCAUCAAGAUUUGGGAUCUGGAAGGCAAGAUCAUUGUUGAUGAACUGAAGCAGGAAGUGAUCAGCACCAGCAGCAAGGCUGAACCCCCACAAUGCACCUCUCUGGCCUGGUCAGCUGAUGGACAGACACUCUUUGCUGGAUAUACAGACAACCUUAUCAGAGUGUGGCAGGUCACCAUCGGCACCCGGUAAAUGCCUCAAACACGCAAGCCCUGGAGACUGUAGAAUGGCAUCUGUUCAAAGUCACCCUCACAGAAGUCUUUAACCAUUAAUAAAAAUAAAAAAGUUGCUAAAAAUCUUG